AUGGUGCUAUUGAUUACUAUCGUUGUUCUUGGAGAAGUACUCGGCUUAAGGCCACCUGGAACAAGCGCUCAAUCCAACUGUCAAUUUCCUUUUGGAAAUUAUGUAGUGAUGGGUAUGGUCAGCUUCUUUUUCUUGAUCCUUGUUCCCUUCAUUGUUUGGCAUGUACGUAAUGAUGAUGAUGCACAUGGUAUUCGGCAAGAAAUUCGAAUAACAUUGUCAGUGGGUGUACCAUGUUUCAUUUGCUUCAUUGUCUGGCAAGUACUGUUUGCACUGCCAACAUUUGCCAAGCCUAUCAAUCCUCGAGGCUAUUUUGGUCCUGGUAAUUGGAUUGUGCUCAUGACUACUUCCAACCAUAUCAUGUCAGUCAUCUACCCUUUGUUCAAGACACUUUCAGUGACGAAGAAACCCCACAGAAAAAGCAGAGAUUUAUACAACAUGGUCACAAGACACUCAUUGUCGACGGGAUUUGAACAAGCACGGGCAAAUCAAGCUACAGAAAAUCAAACGCAAGAAUGGGAACAACAGUUAGAUUUGACCACGGAAUCACUUAACUAUGCACUCCAUACACCUACGUUACUCAAAGUAUUACAAUCUUGGGCUGUAAAGGAUUUCACAAUAGAAAACAUCUUGUUCUAUGAUCGAUACUUGUGCCUA